AUGGGUUUCUCCCUUGGUACUUGUUCUAACCCAAGGGAGACCACUUCUUCGUCUUCCUCCUCUGCAGCUCUAGAUCAUCACCAUUGCCACUAUAAUGAGCUCAAGAUCAAGACCCUUUUGAGGAAAAUGAUCUGGGAACUCGGGUUUGCCUGUGUUCUCCCUCCUGCUCGUCUUCGCCGCAAGAAUCAGGGCAUUCAAGACAGAGAAGCCCCAAAUGCGGAGGAGAAAAACAAGAAUCUGGAGCACAACAAGGCCUGGUUGCUUGCUGAAUCCGGCGCCUUCGGCGGAGAGUUGUUAAAUGCCGAUCCACAGUCGGUUCACUCGUCUUUCCGGUUCAGUUUCUGCUCUCAGGUUGAGCUUGAAACCAUGAACAUCGGCUCUUCAACCGCUGCUGCCACCGUUUUGAUGGUAAAUUUGGAUAACGGAAUGAUGGCUGAGGCUCUCACCAAAGAGUUGAAAUGGCGGAGGAUUGAGUCGCUGGAAAAGAGCAUUUCCCCUGUGGCUCAUACUUUGAUCAGAUUCAGCUAUCGCCAAAUUCUUUCUGCUACUCGUAAUUUCUCAAAAGGCAGAGUUCUGGGAAGAGGGGCCUUGAGCUGUGUGUUUAGGGGUAGAGUUGGGUUUCUGAGAACCGCUGUGGCAAUCAAACGAUUGGACAAGGAAGAUAAAGAGUCAGCAAAAGCAUUCUGCAGAGAGUUGAUGAUUGCUAGCUCUCUUCAAAACCCAAAUAUAGUUCCUCUUGUGGGGUUUUGCAUAGAUCCAGAAGAGGGUCUGUUUUUGGUAUACAGAUAUGUCUCUGGUGGAAGUUUAGAAAGGCAUUUGCAUGAGAAGAAGAGGGGAAUAAAGGGUUGCUUGGGACUUCCCUGGUCAGUGAGGUUCAAGAUUGCUAUUGGGAUUGCUGAGGCUGUGGCAUAUCUCCACAAUGGGACUGAAAGAUGUGUUGUUCACAGAGAUAUUAAGCCUUCAAAUAUCCUUCUUUCAUCCAAGAGAAUGCCAAAGUUAUGUGAUUUUGGGUUAGCAACAUGGACUGCUGCUCCAUCAGUGCCUUUCCUUUGCAAGACUGUCAAAGGAACAUUUGGUUACCUGGCUCCAGAGUAUUUCCAGCACGGGAAGGUAUCAGACAAAACGGAUGUCUAUGCUCUAGGAGUCGUGUUAUUGGAACUCAUAACGGGCAGGAAGCCAAUCGAAGCAAGGAUACACGGAGAGGAGAACUUGGUUUUAUGGGCAAAACCACUCUUGCAGAAGGGGAAGGGGGCAAUUACCGAGCUGCUUGAUCCACAGGUGACAUGUACGACGAAAAAUUCGAAUCAAAUAGUCCGAAUGAUCGAAGCUGCCGCUGCCUGCAUUACUGGUGAAGAAUCACGCAGGCCCGGGAUCUUAGAGAUCAUUGCAAUACUGAAAGGUGAAGAAAAGCUUGUGCCCUCCAGAUCAAAGAGGUCUGGUUUCUUGGGUCAUGGAUGUGUCACUGAUUGUUAUUCACAGUUUCAAAGUACAAACAGCGAGAUGACGGAUCACUUGGCACUGGCCAUGUCGGGACUUCCCGAAUUCGAAGAAGACGAUUACCUUUUCUGUCGUUGAACAAGUUACAAAAACAUGCCAUGACCAACUGAAAAUAAGGAGAGAAAAUUUUCUCAUUUUGCUUGCUUGUAGAUCUCUGUAGGUGAAUCAUUGACAUCAGAGCAUGGAAAGGAAAGAAAAAAAAUGAUGAAACUGUAAAUAGGAUUUUGUACAGAUCUUCCAUUUUCUUCUCCCCAUUUCCCAUUGAGAAAUGCAUCCAAUAACUUUCCUUUGAAUUUUUAGUGUCUUUUGGAGGUGGUUUGUACCACAACUUGAAAAAGCAAAAGUCGAGUCUAUAUUUAAUAGGCGAGUUUGCUUGUUAUAGCUUGUUAAUUUUUCCAUCUAGUUUUACAACAUUUUUCUUUA